GUGCUCGUAUCGCCAGGGCUAUUAGCAUUGUGAAGUUUUACGCAGAGCCGUGACCUCGAACGUAUAGAUAACAAUACAGACAGCCUGCGCUCCAGGGCAAGAGGAUAUUUGGGGAAUGGCAGACUGGUAUAACAAAACCCCCUUGGAGUGGCAGGCCUAUGUCAACAAAGAGGUGAAAGUCUCAGCUGACGAGAACAAUGAAUUCCAGGGAUUUGUUAUAACCAUUGACCCGGUUUCUGCAAGCAUUGUGCUGGCCAACUUCGAAGACAAUCAGAAACCCUUGGUGCGUGUGGUCAUGGGACAUGUCGUACGGCAAGUAGAAGUCUUAAAUGAUGCAGACGAAGCAACUAAAGAGAGACUUGAAAAUCUAUUCACUCUUCAAGAUGUCACCAGCCAUCACAGCAAAGAAGAUUUAGAGGCAAAGAAAAUCAGCUUAAAGUCAUGGUUGGAGCAAAACAAUAUCCCGGUGACUGAAGAAGGGGAAUCACGGAGAACAUUGUGUGUGGCUGGUGUGUUAACCAUUGACCCCCCGUAUGGGCCAGACAACUGCUGCAGCAGUAAUGAAAUAAUACUCUCCCGCAUCCAGGGACUUCUUCAGAACUAUGUGACAAGCCAGUGAGAGAAACCACACCGAUUGUCUCAUUGUGGUUCGAGGAUAUUGCACUUAAUCUUAUACAGUGGCCUAGGUUUCAUCGUGGGAAGCAUUUUUGGCAACAUUCAAAAAUACUUAAGUAUCAAAAGUAAAUAAUGGCCUGUGCUGUUUUUCAACUAAGGCACCAUCACUGACGCCUCCAAAGUCUAUACUUUCUGAAUGUAUGUCUUGUGUUGACAGCUCAGCACCAAUAACCCCUCAUAAACAUCUUCAAAUAUUAAAUGAAUACACAGCAAAUUAAUAAACUGUUUGCUUUUUUAGGA